AUGACACCAGCGAGCUUCAGGUGCUCUUGUACUAGUGCCGCGUUAAAAUCUAUAUGGGUGUCACCUUAUCACACACUUUGGGGGAGGCGAUCCAUCCGCCCCCUUGCUCAGACCACAACCCGAUUCUUCCAACUGCCAACCAUACGGCAAUCCAAUCCAAAAGUCUUCCCCGGCUUCGAGCUGAGCCUCUUGACACAGGAGAAUAUACAGCCCGCCAGGACUUAUGAACCCAAGGCAAUCUACACAUAUCCAGCUGUAGGUGGCGGGCAAGAUCCUCCACUCAAUGACAGGUACCAUCUCGUCACCAGGGUUGGAUAUGGCCCUACCGCGACCGUCUGGCUGGCUAUAGACUUGAGGAACUCCGAGAGGACCGAGCUCGUUGUGCUGAAGAUCUACAUCGUGCAGCACAUUCUUACUAAAUUCGAGAAAUCACUCGCACCUCGAAAAUAUCCUCGGUCUGAAUAUCCAUAUCGCAAAGUUCUCGAUCAGUUCGAGAUCGAAGGCCCCGAGGGUAAACACAUUUGUGUUGUCCACCAGGAGCCGGGCUUGGAUCUAAGUCAAAUGAGCAAGGGAGAAAAAGUGAGCCUGGAUGAGAUGCGGUCAUCAAUCCGACAACACUUGAUCAUGAUGGACUAUCUGCACACGGACUGCCAAACAACCGCUCGGGUAGAUCCUGUCAAGUACAAAGAGGCCUAUCCAAUGGCUGACAUGGAAUCAGAUGAGCUUGGAACAAAGCUCCUUCCUGGUGAUGGAAUACCACUCAUAAUGGACUAUGCAGAUGCAGAUUUCAUAGUCGGGCUUGUUCCCAAACACGGCAGAUCCCCGGAAGAAAUUCUGAAUUCACCACUGAAGUACAAGAUUGACUCAUGGGCCGUUGCGAUAACUGCUUGGGACCAUGUAAGCUCCCGCAAUCUGAUCAACGGAAGGAAUGAAGAAGGUGCCUUCGAUGACCGAGUCCACAUCGCCGAGCUCGUGGCUCUGAUAGGUCCGCCCAGCCCGGAGUUCUGUAAGAAGAUGCCUUUGGGAUCACUAUUAUGGGAUGAAAAAGGUCAAUGGACAGGGCAAGUCCCUAUACCAGAUCGAAAAUUGGAGGAUCUAGCCUCAGGGGAGAUUGAUGGCGAGGAUCUCGAUGGAUUCCUGGAGUGGAUGCGGAAAGCUCUGCAAUGGGACCCUGAAGAUCGGCCCACGGCCUUGGGGCUCAUGCGCCAUGAAUGGAUGACUCGGGGGACUGAAUCGGAGGGUGCUUGA